CAUAGUGUCACGUGGCCUGGAGAUAUGCGCACUUCUGACACAGGCGUGUCGUGAACAGAGGAAUCCAUUGACAAGAACCUGUUCAAGAUGGCGACCACCCAAAGAGUUGUGGCCAUAGCGAUGGAUGGAAGUGAACACUCGGACUAUGCCUUUCAAUGGUAUAUGGACAAUAUCCACAAACCAAAAGACCACGUCAUCUUUGUGCACUGUCCAGAAUACCAGGCAGUUGUCCACUCAAGCAUGGUGAUGACUGACAUCGCCAUUGUGGCAGACCAACUGGAGGUGGAACAACAGAGGAUCAAAGAAUUCAUUGAACAGCUGGGAGAGAGGCUAAAAAAGGCAGGGAUUGGCGGCAAGGUUCGGAGUAUGGGCGGGGCACCAGGGGAGGUAAUCGUGAAGAUUGCCGAGAUGGAAAACGCCAAAUUGAUUGUGACAGGUACACGUGGACUGGGCAAAAUCCGGAGGACGUUUUUAGGCAGCGUCAGUGACUACGUCCUUCACCAUUCCAACGUUCCCGUCGUCAUCAUCAAACAUGGGCAGUAAACACAGUACGAGGGAUGAUGAUGUGUCUGUCAGAGUAUGGUUUAUAUGACAAUUGUGAGAUGCGGUAUCUACACAGAUGAAGGCUGUGACGCUAGAUCAAAUGUCGUAGUGUGAUGGUGGUUAAUACUUAUAUUGUGUUAGGGCGCCUGUCCUUAUACUCUAUGUGGUGCGGUGAUUCACAUAUGGUGUGAUCAAGGACAUUUAAUACAACCUUCAGCAUAGUAAAACUGUUCUCAAUAGUGUAAUGUGCUUCGGCAUAGCAAUGCCUUUCUUUAUAGUAAAAUGUAUUUCUGCAUAGUAAAGCGGCUCUUACUAAAAUAGUAAAAUGUGCUUCGGCAUAGUAAAGCGGUUCUUACUAAAAUAGCAAAAUGUGCUUUGGCAUAGUAAAGCGUUUCUUAUUAAAAUAGUAAAAUGUGCUUCGGCAUAGUUCAGCGGUCCUUACUAAAAUAGUAAAAUGUGCUUCGGCACGAUAAAGCUGUUCUUACUAUAAAAGUAGUAAAAUGUGCUUCGGAAUAAUAAAUGAUAUAUUUAUCAACUAUGCAACUCUUCGGUCUAUUUUGAACCGAAAGGACAAAAUAAUUCGGUUUUCAUAUGUCUAUGUCUGGUUACAGUUGAGUUUAGUAUGCGCAUAUUCAUAUUAUAGCUAACUACAAUUGCCACGCAAUGUUGUAACACAAUGGUUAUUUUCAGCUUGCUACAAAUACCUUUUGUGUGAGCCAAACAGGUAAUUAUGUGUGCAAAUUCAAGCUUGAUAUGGAUCCCGAGUAACAGCCAAGUGAGAAUUGUAGCAACCCUACUUCUAUACAAUGCAUUAGUGAUACAAUGUUAUUGUACAGUUGUACAAUCAUACAUGGUAUACUGUGGACAGAACAGCAGUUGCUGAGUAUCAUUUUACAUAAAAAUAACUGACCAUUUUGGGGGGUUUGGAAACAUUAUGUCUGCAGACAUAUUACAGUAUGCAGUUCUGUUUGACAUUCCGUUUCAAUGAGCAUUUGAACGAAUUGAUACAUUUAACAAAUGUUAUAUUUGGGAUAACACUUUCUUAGUAAAGCUAGCCCAUACAGCCACCGACAGUGUUAUCCCAAAUAUAACAUAUAUGACAUUUGACCACUUCCAAAAUGGCAUUAUGUAUUUAUAGCUUUCGGCCAAGGGAAACGUGCCAAUUAACACUUGUCAGAGGGGUUGCCUCACUCUGAGAGUGUGGGUUCGAAUCCCGGAUGGGAUAUAUAGGUAUAUGGUGUAUAUAUAUGUUGUAUGCUAAUGUAUUCAAAUGACUAUCCGGUGAGUGGGCUUUCCCGUAUACAGCUCAACUUUUUAUAAGGGUUUUUCUUAUUAUUCCAUGAUCCACCAAAUGUUUCAUUGCAUUCUUCGUGAACGUUAAUAUCCCAGUACUCAACUUUAGAUAUUCAGGACAGGAUGAUUCCAUACACUAAACUGAUUAAUGAUAAUAUGUAAAUGUAUGUAAAUGAUGUGAGAUAUAUUUCCCCCAUCAUGAGUGGUACAUUGGUAUAUGUUGUCAUAAUAUUGCAUUUUUAAUUAUUUUUACUCUUAUGCAUAUUGUUAUUAAUCAUAAUGAUGUUAUCUACCCACAUGAUUUUGUCGGAAUACGAACAUUUGAAUAAAUGUUUAAAAUAAA